AUGUUUCUAUUCUUUAGGAAAGCUGGCCUUCAGUGUGUGAUUAUCAAAGGUUAUGUUAAAGCAGCCGGCUAUGAACCGGGUAACAAAAAUGUCCCAGAAGCAUCAUGGAAUGCAGUGCACGUUGAAUGUGGCUGGCAACUCGUCCACCCAUUCUGGGUUUGCAGAGCUCUAUAUGGACAUAAUCUCGACGGCUGGGUAAAGGUUGAAGUGGAUGGCACAACAAUGUCCAAAAAGGAGAGCGCAUCCGCCGGUGUGGUGAGAAAUACAUUCCAAGAGAGAUAUUUUAUGCCCGACCCAGAGAAUUUUAUUUACGAAUGUUAUGCGUCAGAUCCACAAUGGCAACUAGUAAAACCAUCUUCUACUGUCCAUUCAAAGGAACAUUUUCUAGAAAUGCCAUACCUUCUGCCUCCCUUCUUUGGGGUUAAUUUUGAACUGACCAGCGAGCAAAAAUGCAUUUUGUAUAGUGAAGAAGGCUUCUGCAAGGUAGAAUUGAAGGGAAAGCCUGCGAAUGCCCACAUGAUUAUGUUGAACUACGAGUUGUUUUUGAAAGACACGGAAAAUGACUCCAAAAAUGGAUUUCAGAAAGAAAAAAACAUGUCUCGAAUGGUUUUCAAUUCAAGAGGAGCAGAAAUGUUUGUUUUUGAUAUACGGUUUCCUGCACGAGGUACCUAUAAGCUUGUGAUAUAUGGAGGUCCAUACAAAUCUCCAGCCCUCCGUCUCUGUGAGUUUAGAUUGAUCUGUGAUAAGGAAAUGACAGACCGGAAUCUCUUACCGCUGGAAUGUAGCAGAAUCGGAUGGGGCCCUGGACCUGUCUCUGUCGAAGCGGGACUGUUAAUCCCAUCAAAACUGAGUGGGCUUAUCCCAGUCAAUCCAAACGAGAAGAAAACCAGCAUCAAAUUUCAACUCCUCAGAGAAAUGAAGCUAACAUACCGUGCCCAUAUAUACGGGGAAGUCGGAGGUCAGAGGAUAACCUUUGAUGACAAUAUUGAAAUAGAGGUGACACAACUUCAGCAGCUACACAUAUCUGCGGCUAUACCAACAGAGGGAGAAUUUGGUUUGUCCAUACAUCGAGUGACUACAGGCAAUCAACAGGAGAGAAAUAUUUGCAACUAUCUCUUGUCAACUUUAGCUUACAAAACGGUCAAGGUAAGGUAUUUUAUACAAUCAAAAUCUUUAGAUAUCGGUGAACGGGAGUGUAAGCCCUUGACAGACUUCUUUCGUUUUGACUCCUCGGUAUGUACACUGUAA